UGCUUGUUCUAUUAGAAUUGGGACUUUGAGUGACAUGGGUAAGGCUCAGGGUCCUGCUAUGGACAUUGGGUUAAACGACAGGGAGGUUGACAUUGAAACCAUUGUCAACAACAGUGAGGGCGAGGGUCCUGAUAUGGGCUUCAAGUUAAACGACUUGACGGCUGACAUUGAAGAGGGUGUCAAGUCUUUCAGCCUUUGCGAUGAAGAGAAGAAAUGGACAGCGACGUCGAUCUACAAGGUACCCUCCUUCAUCAGAGACAUCAGAAAAGAUAUCUUCACUCCGACGGUGGUUUCUUUUGGUCCCUACCAUCACAAUGCUCACAACCUGAGGCCAGUGGAGGAGCACAAGCGCCGCGCUCUGGUCCACUUCCUCAGGAUGGCAAGCAAACCUCUAGAUCACUUCAUCGAGGCGAUGAGGGCUAUUGAGAAGCAACUGCAAGACUCUACCAUAGCCUCGACAAGAAUGCUGCGCAUGAAGGAUGAGAAGUGUAGAGCAAAGAGGUUGCCUUACAUCAGGAGGGACAUGCUGGUAAUGGAAAACCAGCUACCUCUUCUAGUUCUAAAGAAGCUGCUUGAAGUCGAAGGCCUUCAAAGUGACGUGGAUGAUGUCUCCAUUAAUAAGAUGGUACUCCGGUUCUUUGAGGUAGAAAAGUAUAUACCGAUAACAGGCCUGGGCCUCCAUCCGCUCGACGUGUAUCGGAAGAGUUUGCUUCAUGGUACACCACAGAGGACGCCGCCACGAGCCGCACGGAACCAGAGCUCCAACGAGGUCAUCAGGCCAGCCGUGGAGCUCCACGAGGCUGGAAUCAAAUUCAAGAAAGGCGAGAGCCUUGCGGACAUCGACUUCCGGAAAGGCGUACUGACCCUCCCAUUCCUUCAGGUCGAUGACGACACCGAGAGUAUGUUACUCAACCUCGUGGCCUUUGAGCACCUCCAUGUUGGCACUGGCAGCGAGGUCAUCUCCUACGUAUGCUUCAUGGACGAGGUCAUUGACUCAGCCAAGGACGUGAGACUCCUGCAUGGAAAAGGCAUCAUAAGAAAUGCAAGCGGGAGCGAUAAGUCUGUCGCCGAGCUCUUCGGGAGACUCUCCAAGGAAGUGACAUUGGGUCCAGAGAGGAGGCUUCAAGAUGUGCGGCGGCUGGUGAAUGAACACUGCGGGGCGAGGUGGAAUACUUGGAAAGCAGAUUUACGGCACAAUAUUUCCAUACCCCAUGGGCCGCGAUCUCACUCAUAGGCGCCAUAUUCAUUAUUUUGCUCACUACCGCCCAGACCGUUUAUACCAUUUAUGGACAAUAUCAUCCGAAUUAAAGCUCUUCGUCCUCUUCCCCAGCAGCUGCCCCCGGUUGAUUGCAAGUUGGUUUGUACUGGCUGGUGUUGGCCUUGUCUCUAUUUUAUUUGAUUGUAAUUUGACGUUCUGCUGAUGUCAAAUAAAUUUGCUAUAGUCUUGUCCUUGUAUUUGCUUCCUUUGAUUGCAAUAUGUUUUCCCCAAA